AUGGCACUGCCCCCUAGCCCCCUGGCCAUGGAAUAUGUCAAUGACUUUGACUUGAUGAAGUUUGAGGUAAAGCGGGAGCCCUCUGAGGGGCGGUCUGGCCCCCCCACAGCCUCACUGGGCUCCACACCUUACAGCUCAGUGCCUCCUUCACCCACCUUCAGUGAACCAGGCAUGAUGGGGGCCACAGAGGGCCCCCGGCCAGGCCUGGAGGAGCUGUACUGGCUGGCAACCCUGCAGCAGCAGCUGGGGGCUGGGGAGGCCCUGGGACUGAGUCCUGAAGAGGCGGUGGAGCUGCUGCAGGCUCAGGGCCCGGUCCCUGUUGAGGGUCCCCACAGCUACUACCCAGGGAGCCCAGAGGAGGCAGGAGCCCAACAUGCCCAGCUGGCAGAGCGGUUUUCGGACGCGGCGCUGGUCUCGAUGUCUGUGAGGGAGCUCAACCGGCAGCUGCGGGGCUGCGGGCGCGACGAGGCGCUGCGGCUGAAGCAGAGGCGCCGCACGCUGAAGAACCGCGGUUACGCUCAGGCCUGUCGCUCCAAGCGGCUGCAGCAGCGGCGCGGGCUGGAGGCCGAGCGCGCCCGCCUGGCCGCCCAGCUGGACGCGCUGCGGGCCGAGGUGGCCCGCCUGGCACGGGAGCGCGACCUCUACAAGGCUCGCUGUGACCGGCUGACCUCCAGCUGCCCAGGGUCCGGGGACCACGCCCACCUCUUCCUCUGAGCCUCUCCGGGCGCUGGGUAGGAGGCGGGCGGGGGAGUGGGCGCAACACCCAGGAGGCGCCUGCCCUGUUCAUUGGAUCAUUAACCGAGAGCCUUCUGGUCCCAACUACACCCUGUAUGAACACACAAAUACCCCAAACCUCCUGGACCCUCAAGGCAUGCCCGAAUUUAGAUGCUGGUCAUUUCCUGGGAGAGCGGUCCCCUCCUCUCGC